AUGGCAGCGUUUGCGAAGAACCACCCGAAUGACCCGAUCGACAUCAUCAUUGCAGACUACAUGUCUGAGGGCAAUAUGGUGGUCGCGGCUGCCCGCAAAGCAGACCAGGCUGCUGUAUCAGCCGGAGACGAAGGCAAUCCCUUGACGUUGACGGGUCCUGCGUUCGAAUCUAGCUUUCUCGAAGCCUUGGAGCCUGCAUUGUCGGACCUGGCUCGGCACGGCAUCAAAGUUGCAGUCAAUGCAGGUGCCAGCGAUACCAAGGGCUUGUACGAUAAAGUGUGUGCCAUGGUCGCAGGUCUCGGGAUCCCCGUGGGUUGGGUCUCGGGAGACGAAGUAUUUCCUACCAUCCAAGAAGAGCUGCGAAACAACGGCGACUUCAAGAGCAUCUACAACGGGGAAGCGCUGAGUAAGUGGGAUUUCGAGCCCUUCUACGCUCAGGCUUAUCUGGGCGGCAUGGGGGUCGCAGAGGCUUUCCGGCAAGGAGCGCAGAUUGUGUUGUGUGGAAGGGUCGCCGAUGCGUCUCCCGUCAUCGGGGCCGCUGUCUUCUACCACAACUGGAACCGGACUCAGUUUGAUCAGCUCGCGAACGCGUUUCUUGCCGGACACCUGAUCGAGUGUAGCAACUACGUUUGCGGAGGGAACUUUUCUGGGUUCCGUGAGCUGGGAUUAGACCGGUUGGAGGAUGUUGGUUUCCCAAUUGCAGAGAUCUCGAGCGACGGAUCGGUGAUAUUGACCAAGCAAAAGCAUUCUGGAGGCGCGGUAACUGUCGACACGUGUUCUGCACAGGUCUUGUACGAAAUUCAAGGCCCAUGGUACUUUAACUCAGACGUCACUGCUGUGCUUGACGGGAUUUGGUUCGAACAGGUCGGACAGGAUCGUGUCGCCCUACGUGGUGUCCGCUCCUUGCCACCCCCACAGACCACGAAAGUUGGCAUCACAGCACGUGGAGGAUAUCAGGCCGAGGGGUUUUACUUUGUUACCGGCCUACAUGUCGACGACAAGGUGCGUCUGUUUGAAGCCCAGAUCCGAAAGCUCGUCGCUGCUCAUUCCUCAAAAUGGACCCAAUUCUCGUUCACAACGCUCGGUGCACCGGUCCCGAACGCAGACAGCCAGAGCGCGGCCACGGUCUUGGUGCGUGUGUUCGCACAGGCAAGGGCUAGCGAAGACCUCGAGCCAGCGAAAUUUAUCCGCCCCAUCGUCGACAACGCCGACAUCCAACAUGUGGUCCACUUCGAUGGCCGCGAGACCACGAUUCCUCCUCCGCCCGAGACGAAAUCCUUCCCGGAGCGGCAGCCCAGUACUGCCGGAUCAGAGGCUCAAGGUAGCACCCCAGUGAAGGAUUUCGGACCCACCGAAACACGGCCUUUGGGAUCCAUUGUCCAUGGGCGCUCGGGAGACAAGGCUUCCGACGCCAAUUGUGGCUUCUGGGUACGGCACGACGAUGAGUAUGAGUGGCUACAGCAGACAUUGACCAUCUCGGUGAUGAAGCAGUUGCUGGGAAAGGAGUAUCGUGAAAACAGCAAGGGCUGGCCUGUGGAGAUCGAGAGGUUCGACUUGCCGAAGCUGCGUGGAGUCCACUUCCUGUUUCGAAAUCUUCAAGGAGGUGGAGUGAUGAGUGCGACCACUGUCGACUUUUUAGGCAAGAACGUGGCAGAAUACCUGCGAGCUCGAUACGUACAGGUGCCGGUCAAGUUCCUAGAGCGUGGGACGUUGUAA